AUGCCGGUUGCCAAUGUCGCAUCCAGAACGCGUCGGAAAUUCCAGAAAGUUAUAACCGCUUACGCUAUAUAUACGAAGCGCUGUACAACUGUUCUUGACUUCGUUUUGGGCGGUAAUAGACCUUGUGCACCUUUGCUUGGGAGGCUCAGACCGAGAAGUAAGCUGAGGAAAGUACCGUUACUACACUCCGAAAACAAGGGUCUCACAUUUUCCGUAUGGUUACGCCUUUCGAAGUUUUACGAUAUUCCGCAAAAGCCCUUGGUAACAGUGGUUGUUUCAAUAAAGUCCCCAGAUGGUUGGUACGUUCGAUUGACUUUCCCGUCACCAGUGGUGAUCUCAUACGUUUUAGCCUUAGUAGGGGUGGACAACAAGGGUUCCGGUGUUUUAUCCCCACACUGCUUGCACUUUACGGGUAGUGUGUUACAAGCCACUCAUUCAGCUGUAGCACUCUUUCGGUGCAUAACCGCAGUGCCACCGGAAGGAAGCACGAGGGUUGGGACAGUGCCAGGUUGCCCAAGCGUAGACAGGGGAAGUCGAGAGGCAGAGGUCGGGUUCGAAUCCACAGACCUUCUGAUCAGUAAAAGGUCCGUGGCUCGAACUCGGCAUCUACCUCUCGACUUCCUCCUGUCUAGGCUUGGGCAACCUGGCAUUAUCCUAGUCCUUCCUCUUCCUUCUGGUGGCAUGGCAGUUAGGCAGCAAAACAAUGAUACAGCUGAAGUAUUGUUAUUUAGGACGAAUGGAGUCUGCCUUUCAACAACUCUGUUCUCUUGCCGCUAUCAAAAGGACCUCAGGUUCAGACAGACUUGGAAAAUCUCAGAGACCGUUUGCAUACAGCCCAUCGCGCGUUUCCUGAUGCAACAUGCGAUCCAUAAAAUCCUGAAAAGCAUCAAUUCUUAUGGAUACGAUUUCCUCUGA